AACGUUAACAUAUUAAUGGAAAUCCACAUGAUUGAAACAGCUGGUUGUGUUAGCAAAUUACACAUAUAACUCGUUUUUUUUUCUGCAGAACUCAUAUUCGACCGAACAGUGUUUUGUUUACCUGGGCAACAAGAGAUUAGACAGGACAAACUAUUGCCUUCACGCAGCCUCUUGUGAAUAUAUCCAUAUAAGUAUUUCGACAUGUGAAAACGGAUUUACUUCACUUGCAUUUUGAGUUGAUGAGCCUUUGACGAGCAGAGGUCAAUAUUUUUGGACAGGCAGCGGGAAGUGGAGCAUAAGCAACGUUGUCUCUCCCUCAGCUUGUCAUUUGACUUGAGUGUCCACGGAAGUCACUACAGCAACGAUGCUGAAAACCAAAAAGAAGUGUUUAGGACUGAUUAUUUUCUGUAUGAGUGCGCUGCUAGCCUUGUUUCACGCUUGGACCAGUGGAACCAGCCAAACAGUUGACAUACUGCCCAGGGACAGCGGUGCACUAGAAAACAGUAUUGCCAAACAAAUAAAGGAUUUCACCCGUGGAUACGAUGGUAUCAGCUACCACAUAAAAGGAGAGGUGGCACGUCAGCUGGCUCUGAAUUCGUGCGUGUGUGUGGCUGAUAAAGAGUCCUUUCAGUUGCCCUUCUCUAAUCUGCUCUUUCCACGAGUGUGGGCCUACAACGUGGAUGCUGCAUAUCUGGAGUCCCACCAUGACUCUGAGGGCGUGAAGCGUCACAGAGCUCAGGAGUACAACAGCUUUCAGAGGAGGUCGUACAAUCCGGCAGAUGCUCUAAUCAUCACUGAGGCCAACAGUCCCCUGCAGUAUCCCACUCAGGGGGUUGAGGUGCGACCACUGAAAACAAUCGUUAUACCUGGUUUGGCUUUAAAGGAAAAAAUCAAACCAAACCAUGUGGUGUAUUUAACAGCAACUCUGGGUGUGUUCAAUGUUGCUGCUACAGUGGACGCUGUCUCGGUGGAAGGAGCAGGACAGACGCACAUGAACCUGUCCAGUCCUCUCCUUGAUAAUCUGAACAGGCAGCUUCAGUUUGUCACCUACAGAAACACAAUUUUCCAUCCAAAGACGGCAGAUACAGUCAAAUUUGCCACCAAAGGUCACCAAGCUUUUUUUAACAUUAAAGUUGGACACGGACUUAUGCCCAGACUUUACAGUUCUGGACACCAAACAGAGUAUAAUAUCAGCGCUCUUGUUACCAUUGCCACCAAGACUUUUCUGCGCUACGACAAACUCAAAGAUCUGAUCGACAGCGUUCGUCUCUACUAUCCCACCGUCAACAUUGUGAUAGCGGAUGACAAUAAACAGCCUCAGACCGUGAGCGAACCUCACGUCGAGCAAUACAUCAUGCCAUUUGCAAAGGGCUGGUUCGCUGGACGAAACCUGGCAGUAUCUCAAGUGACCACCAAGUACGUGCUGUGGGUGGACGAUGACUUUAUAUUUAGUGCGGACACCAAGUUGGAGAAGAUGGUGGACAUACUGGAGAAGACUACUCUGGAUCUGGUUGGUGGCGCUGUCAGAGAAGUAACUGGUUACACUGCAUAUUACCGUCACACUAUUUCAGUGGAGCAAGGCGGAGAAGAGGGUGACUGUCUACACAUCAGAAAAGGCUACCACCACGUCAUUGAAGGAUUUCCCAACUGUGUUGUAGCUGACGCUGUCAUCAACUUCUUCAUGGCCCGUACAGACAAGAUGCAGCAGGUGGGCUUUAACCCCCGCCUGGCACGACAAGCCCAUCUGGAGUUCUUUAUCGACGGCCUGGGCUCUCUCCACGUCGGCUCCUGUAGUGAUGUCAUCGUCGACCACGCCUCUAAGAUCAAGCUUCCCUGGACUGAAACGGACGCACAAAAAGCCUAUAAAAAUUACCGUUACACUUCCACCGACGUCAAUAAAAAUCUCCAUGAUGAAGUCUUCUACUUCAGGAACAGGUUCAAGUGCAUGUCCAGUCACUGAGGACAACCGCUGACCUGUUUUUAAGAGGGUAGAAGUGAGGUCUGCCCUCUGCUGGCACUAAAGUGAACUCCAAAGUUUUUGUGUUUUGUUUGCACACAGUCAUCCUGAAGGACUUGCCAUAGUCAAAGUAUGACCUGGCCUUUAAUGCCUCAUUUCCUGGCACAGAUGCAGCCAUUCCAGUACAGUGGUGGCUUGGGUCUGGAAGGCUUCAGGUUCGAGUCAACCAGCUGCCAAGUUACCACUGAGCAUGGCACCGUCACCACACACUGCUGCCCACUGUUCACUUUGGUGAUGGGUUAAAAACAGAGGUUUGGUUGUGUGCAGUGAAGUGCUGUGGCACAAUGACAAGUAGUUCACUUUCCUUUUUCCUUCCUUUUGCUUCCACUAGGGGGCGGUAAUGCACCUAAAGUUUGUUUUCUAGCUGCAGCAGUUGUCCAGGGCAUUGUACGAAUGUGGGUCACGUCACACCACUGACUCUGUGUGAGAACGUCAUUACAUUAAAAAUGUGUAAUCACAGCUAUUAAACUGGUGAAAGAAAUCUGACUGUAAGGCUUUUAAUUUGGGUUUUUUUUCUCAAUUGACGUCUGUCUGGCCUGUACACUUGCCCACACUAACUGGUAACUGAUCUGACCCUUGUAAGACAGAGUCAUGGACAGCUUCUUACCAACAGUUGUCAGAUUGGUACAAGCUAGGUACUGUUUUGCACUUUAUAAGAAAUUAAGUCUUGUCAUUGUGACACAGCACACAACCAAAUGUGACCUCUGCUUCACAGCUGCCCACUGUUCACUUUGGUUUAAGCCCGGGGAGCAGUGUGAGAGGACGGUGCCAGGCUCAGAGCACCUCAGUUGUAACUUGGCAGCUGGUGGACUCGAACCUGAAGUCUUCCAAAACCGAGUCCGCUUCCUUAACCACCACUGCCCCGAGGAGGAAAUACUCCCUCUGUUGGCAGAAAGAAUGUGGAUGUAGUAUACUGACUUCUGUUGGUAUUUGGGUUUGGUAAGUGUUUGAGAAAGUUUUAAGACAAACUACUGUUUUAAACAAUGCUACUGUAUAUUGCACUGACAAUUUUAAUUAUCGCUUUAUUGAACUCUGAGCGAUAGAAGAUAAAUGUGAAAAUAGAUUUUGACUCUGGCGCCCUCUGUUGUAAAAACAACACAUGCUUUACUUAGGCAUCAUUAUGUAUAUAAUUCAUGAAAAAGGGUUGAAAAAAAAUUACUUUGUAAUAUUGCCUCGGUGGUGUGGAAGGGGAAAAAACAACAAAUUCACUGUUUUUCAACCUCCUUAAACUUAUGUUUGAAACAUGACGCUAAGUUUUAAAAUUAAACCUCCUACAAAAUAUAAAGUAUUUUUUCGAAAAAACGAACACGUUUCAAAAAACGAUAAAAUAUCUAUCUUUUAGAUAUGUUUUGUAUUUAUAUUUUUGACUUAUUUUUUAAGAACGUGACUUCCGGUCAGAAUCGUACAGGUGGGAGUUCAAGGAAAAAAGCUGUAAUUUUGAACUUUUACCAAAAGAUGGCGACAAAAGAACAGCCCAUGUAAUGUUUUCCGGGUUGUAAUUUUUUUUAAGUAACGGCAGUAAAAUGUUUGAAUGACAA